AUGGGGGUAAAGGGUACGACAAUCUUCGACCACUGGGACUUCACAUUGUGUAUCACUGUUGCCCCCACCGCCCCUGUCCCGCGAGUUGACCAACUCUUGAGGGAUUAUGUCUAUCUCCAUGGCGGCAAACAGUGGCGCGGUGCUGUUGGCCUCUUUGGGUCGCGCAAGUCCAUCCGCGACUGCCAGCACCGAUGGAAGUGCUUGUCCCAAUUGUCCAUGGGAAAGCAGGCAUGGACCGAAGCCGAAGAUCAAACGAUGGUGGCGCUCGUGCGGGGGCUCGGGGCCCACAAGUGGGGGGUCAUUGCGUCGUACUUGCCUGGUCGCAGUGGAAAGCAAUGCAGGGAGCGGUGGUGCAACCAGCUCGAUCCGUCGAUACGCAAGACGGCGUGGACGACCGAAGAGGAGGCGGUUCUGGCCGCCUUGCAAGCGAAAUACGGAAAUCGAUGGUCCGUCAUUGCCGAAAAGUUGCCCGGUCGCACAGAUAAUUGUGUCAAAAACCAUUGGCACGCCAGCGUCAAGCCGCACAAGGGCAUGGCACAUCAGUCCCAACGUCCCCCACCCCCCCUGAAAGUAGAGCCCCGACAGCCACCACUAAUGUCCAACACGCUGCCCUCCCUCGACACGGACAAGGACGUGUGGAACCUCCAAGAUUUGGAUCUGUCGACGGACAAUUGCUGGGCUGACCAGGAUUUCGUUUGGGACCACGAUGGCACCACGAACAGCGACCUCUCCCCCGACGCCAUCGUCGACACUCAACACGUCGAAUGGCUGUCGUCCGUGGACAUUUUCCCCUCCAGUGCCCUGUAG